GGAGAGACAGAGGAGAAGAGGAGGAGGAUGGAGAAGGAGUGAUCGCUGCUGCUGAAAGUGGAUUCGAGAGUCUGGAAGCUUCAGGAAGAUGAUCUCUGGAAUUUAACACAACAGCCGGAGGAUGACCUGUAACCAGAGCAGCGGCGCCUUCAGAACCGGCUGGUCCAUCAACCACUUGGCCAAGUCGGUCAAACCGGAGCAUGGAGACGGGGAGGACCCGCCUGAGUACAGGAGGACCGAUGGCGAGGACGCGGGGGAAGUGGGCGGGCCGCGAAAGAGGGGCUCUCGUAAAAAGAGCGGCAGCCAGUCCCGGCUGGACCGGGUCCGACUGCGGCGCAUCGAGGCCAACGCGCGGGAACGGAACCGCAUGCACGGCCUGAACACCGCGCUGGACAGCCUGAGGAAAGUGGUUCCCUGUUACUCCAAGACGCAGAAGCUGUCCAAAAUCGAGACGCUCCGCUUGGCCAAGAACUACAUCUGCGUCCUGGGCGAGAUCCUGGGCACCGGCAAGAGGCCGGACCUGCUCACGUUCGUGCAGGCGCUGUGCAAGGGUCUCUCUCAGCCCACCACGAACCUGGUGGCCGGCUGCCUGCAGCUCAACGCCCGCGGCUUCGCCUCCGAGCCGGGCGGGGAGUCCUUCUCCCUGUACCCGGCCUUUCCCCACCAGCACCAGCACCAGCACCAGCACCAGCACCAGCACCAGCACCAGCAGGCGCCCGGUGCAGCCGGCUGCGGCCCAGCAGACGGCGCCGGGCCCCUGCGGCCGCUCAGGGCCCUCUGCGGCCCCUGCGGCCCCCUGUACGACACCCCGUCCCCAGACUGCCCCAGCCCCCUGGACGCAGCGACCCUCAGCCCGCCCCUCAGCUUCAACGGGAUAUUCGCCCUGAAAAACGAGGAGCCGGUGGAUUACAGAAGCUGCCACUACGGCCUCCGCUACUGCUCCAUCAACCAGGGGUCCUCCACAGGCCUCGAGCCCUACGACGUGCAGCUCCGAGGUCAGUUUUACCACGAGGAAGUAAACAAGCCUUUCCAGAACCAGUGAAACAGAGUAUAUGCGGAGUGAUCAUGAAAAUUUUUCCCAGUGGUCCUUGAUAAUGAAACAGACUUUAAUGGAUCAGCCGGUUUGGUUGCUGCCGACGUGAGAACAAUUAAUCCAUUCUAAAUGAUUAAUUGCCUGAGGACCGUUUGCAGGACAAAGAUGCACAGUAACCAGUGACAUGUUGGUUUGGUUAAAGCUUGUAUUUGCACUACACCACAAUAAAAGAAAACUCCGAAGGCGCAGGGAACUAUGCAAUACUGAUCAGACAGUCACAUCUGAGGGAAAGAGGCCCAAAACACUUUUGUACCUGCAUCCCUCAGAACGGAUGUUCCAUUAUUUUUAAUUACGGCUUGUGUUUUGUAUAUCGAAUAAACUGUAUCUCUUAUUGUACGUGUUUUUUGUUGUCAAUUCUGAAAUCGUGGCGCUGUUGGGUCGACUGACUCUUUUCGACCCUGAUUCAUUUUGCCCUCCGUCAGUGAGGUGCUGCUGCUGUUUCUAUUUGUGUCUUGCCUGGAUUUGAAACUGCAUCAUGUUUGUAACUGUGGUGUUUUCUUGGCAAUAUUGUUAUGAGGUGGUUCGCUGGAGAUGGUUCACCGCACUUUCAUGGAACCUUGCUAUGGUUUUGUUUUAUAUAACAAAUAAAACAAGUGAAAACA